UACUAUGUAGUACUAGUAAACAAGGUGUAUUAAAAGAGAAGUCCAAUUGACACUUAAUCAAUAUGGCUUCUAAGAUGAGAAUUUCCUUUGUUACCAUUACACUGUAUUUGUUAAUUUCACAAGUUUUUGUUCAUGUAGUUGGGGCUGCUGGAGAGUGUGGAAAGACUCCCCUACCUUCGGCAGCUGCCAGUUUAAGCCCAUGCUUGGCCGCUGCCAAGAACGCAGCAGCCAAAGUUCCACCAACUUGCUGCACCAAAGUUUAUGCGUUGCUCAAGACAGCCCCAAAAUGCCUCUGUGCCGUCCUGCUGUCGCCUUUGGCAAAACAGUCCGGUAUCAAGCCCGCGAUUGCUAUUACCAUUCCGAAAAGGUGCAACAUCAAGAACAGACCUGUUGGAAAGAAGUGUGGAAGUUACAUAGUCCCAUAAGAGACCAAGCUCAGAGAAUCAUAGUAAAAUCCUAGUGUCAUGAGUUGUCCUUGUAUUUCUAAGUGCUAAAUAAGAGUUGCUUUGACAAAGCAAUAAUAAUAUUUUAGAAAAACAGUUAUAAAUACUUGCAUGUAAUUUUCAGUUGAAUUAUGUGAUAUAGAAUUGCAUUUCCUUUGCUUGCCCCUACAA